AUGACAAGAUUAUUAUUUAUUUCCAGGAUACGGUACAGAUGCACCCGAUUCAUACAUAGGGAGAGUUUUCUGCCUUGUCUACUUAUUUUUCGGUAUCCCUCUGUACUUGAUCACACUGGCUGACCUUGCCAAGUUUUGCACCGAGUUCAUGAAUAAGUUCUAUAUAGAGAUAAUCAAGUUCAAACAUCGUCUUAAGAGGAAAUAUAGAAGGUGGAAAUCCGGACGGUUACGACGUGACUCUAUUAAAGUUGGACAAUUAAUCAUUGCUGGAGGAGAGGACGAGGUUGCUGAAUUUCUAUGGACGCAUUUGGAACAUGCUCAAUUUGUCGAAGUUCCUUUCUUGUUGAUUAUAGAUCUUUAA